AGCUAGCGAGAAAUAUCUCCAACCUAGCAACCUAGGAAGGCAAGCCCAGAAGCGAAGCGACCGAGAGCGAGAAGAAAGAUGUCGGCGCCGGGCGGAGAGGGGGAGACGGUGCGCGCGUCGCACAUCCUCAUCAAGCACGAGGGCUCCCGCCGCAAGGCCUCCUGGAAGGACCCCGACGGCCGUGUCAUCUCCGCCACCACCCGCGCCGACGCCGCCGCGCGCCUCCUCGAUCUCCGCCAGCAGAUCCUCUCCGGCCAGGCCGCCUUCGCCGACCUCGCCGCGCGCCACUCCGACUGCUCCUCCGCACGCCGCGGCGGCGACCUCGGUACCUUUGGGAGGAGGCAGAUGCAGAAACCCUUUGAAGACGCCACCUUUGCCCUCAAGGUUGACGAGCUCAGCGAUAUCGUGGACACUGACAGUGGGGUUCACAUCAUCCUGCGGACUGCCUGAGGAGAGGCGCACACUGUAUGGCUUUUGAUUAGGGCCUGUAUUUUUCUUUCUGGCAGCCUAAGUGCGUAACAUUCUGGACGAGGAUAAAUCAUGUAUUGUCACACAUUUACCACAGCGUUUGCCACAGCAUUUGUGCGUGUCACCUACAUUGUUGAUGAACCCGUGAGCUUCUUAAUGUCUAGUUGAUCCGGAGAUGGUCUUUCUGUUCUUUCA